UCUGGCUGAGUCGCAGUGUGUCUUACAAUUGCAAUUGCAUCUUCGAUUCCAUCAAAUCACGCACCCAAUUUGUGAAAUCGGAAAAUGGGAACCCUAGGCCGAGCCAUAUACACUGUUGGAUUUUGGAUUCGAGAAACGGGUCAAGCCAUUGAUCGCCUCGGUUCCCGCCUUCAGGGCAGCUACUACUUCCAAGAACAGCUGUCUAGGCAUCGAACUUUGAUGAACAUAUUUGAUAAAGCUCCUGCUGUUGAUAAGGAUGCAUUUGUUGCCCCAAGUGCUUCUGUCAUUGGUGAUGUUCAAAUUGGUAGAGGAUCAUCCAUUUGGUAUGGAUGUGUCUUGAGAGGUAUAUAUGAUCUUUCUUUCCCUUUAUUCAAUGGUGAUGUGAACAGCAUCAGUGUUGGAAGUGGAACUAACAUACAGGAUAACUCUCUGGUGCAUGUUGCAAAGUCUAAUUUAAGUGGGAAGGUGUUGCCUACUACAAUUGGGGAUAAUGUUACUGUUGGUCAUAGUGCUGUUUUACAUGGCUGCACUGUUGAGGAUGAGGCCUUUGUUGGCAUGGGUGCAACACUACUUGAUGGUGUCGUUGUUGAGAGACAUGCCAUGGUUGCUGCUGGAGCCCUCGUGAGACAGAAUGCAAGAAUUCCAUCAGGGGAGGUUUGGGCAGGUAAUCCGGCAAAGUUCCUCAGAAAGCUUACUGAUGAAGAGAUAACUUUUAUCUCCCAGUCAGCCACCAACUACACUAAUCUUGCACAGGUCCAUGCAGCUGAAAAUAUGAAGCCCUUUGAUGAAAUUGAGUUUGAGAAGGUCCUCCGGAAGAAGUUUGCACGAAAAGAUGAGGAGUAUGACUCAAUGCUGGGUGUUGUUCGUGAGAUCCCUCCAGAGCUUAUUCUUCCAGAUAAUGUCCUCCCUGAUAAACAAGAAAAAAUUUCUAAAAAAUGAGAUCUUUAACAGAACUCUCUCGAUUCCAAUCUUGAAAUGACAUCAUUCUUGUUUUGUUCAAAUUCGUGAAGAGGGAUUAUUUUCAUUCCCAAUAAUACCAGACAUGUUCUAGGCUAGAAUAUGACUCAUUUCCAGAUCCAGGAAUCAAUCAUUCAUAAUAUUUCAAAUUAUGUGCUCUACUUUGGAAAAGGUAAGCCUUGAAGGAUCGUGUGUGGAUCUUUAGUGCUUGAUUAUCCAAUUGCUAGAGAAUUUCAUGUGCAUGCUUAUUCUUGAUUUUUAUGUUCGAUACAUCAUUGGUCAUCACCUUGUUUACCAGAUCCUGUUGAAUUAUUAUAAGAGUGCACUAACACCUGUGUAUUUGUCUUCAUUGUGAUUUGGGAACCCUAGUGUCACCUUUAUAAAGCUCAAUGUUCUAAGUUGUUAGUUUCUUGCAACCUGCCAUUAUAU